AAUUGUUGAUGAUUUCGGUGUCAUUUGCGGCAUUGAGGUGAAGCUGGGGUUUUGUGAUUGCUUUCUGGUUGAAUUGGCUUCAAGAAAUGACUGUUUCAACUGGUAUAGCAGUAGGAUCUCAUGUUUGGGUAGAAGAUCCUGAGGUAGCUUGGAUAGAUGGAAUCGUCUUGGAAGUUGAUGGUGAAGAGAUCACGGUGGAUUGUACAUCAGGAAAGACUGUUGUUGCUAAUGUAUCCAAUGUACAUGCCAAAGAUGUUGAGGCUCCUCAAUGUGGUGUAGAUGACAUGACAAAGCUUGCCUACCUGCAUGAACCAGGUGUUCUGCAGAAUUUGAGGUGUCGGUAUGACAUGAAUGAAAUUUAUACUUAUACAGGUAAUAUACUGAUAGCUGUAAACCCUUUCCAGAGGUUACUACAUUUAUACGACAAUCAUAUGAUGGAACAGUACAAAGGAGCCGCCUUUGGUGAGCUGAGCCCGCACCCUUUUGCUAUUGCUGAUGCUGCAUACAGGCAAAUGAUUAAUGAGGGAAUAAGCCAGUCAAUCUUGGUUAGUGGGGAAAGUGGAGCUGGUAAAACUGAAAGCACAAAAAUGCUUAUGCAAUAUCUUGCCUUUAUGGGAGGGAGAGCUGUAGCUGAGGGACGGACUGUUGAGCAGCAAGUCCUUGAGUCAAAUCCUGUUCUAGAAGCAUUUGGUAAUGCAAAGACUGUCCGAAAUAACAAUUCAAGUCGUUUUGGUAAAUUUGUGGAGAUUCAAUUUGACAAAAGUGGGAGAAUUUCUGGUGCUGCAAUCAGAACUUACCUGUUGGAAAGAUCUCGGGUUUGUCAGGUGUCUGAUCCUGAGAGAAAUUACCAUUGUUUCUACAUGCUUUGUGCUGCACCGAUCGAGGAUGUCAAAAAAUACAAAUUGGGAGAUCCAAGGAUGUUCCAUUAUCUGAACCAAUCGAAUUGUUAUGAAUUGAGUGGAGUUGAUGAUUCCAAGGAAUACCUAGCUACUAGGAGGGCGAUGGAUGUUGUUGGCAUCAGCUCUGAUGAGCAGGAUGCAAUUUUUCGAGUUGUGGCUGCUGUUCUUCAUCUGGGUAAUAUUAAGUUUGCCAAAGGAAAUGAAACAGAUUCUUCUGAACCUGAGGACGAGCAGUCUCGGUUCCAUUUAAAGACUGCAGCAGAGCUCCUCAUGUGUGAUGAGAAGCCUCUUGAAGACUCAUUGUGCAAACGUGUGAUUGUAACUCGCGAUGAGGCAAUAACCAAAUGCCUUGAUCCAAAUGCUGCUGCAGUCAACAGAGAUGCUUUGGCUAAAAUAGUGUAUUCAAGAUUGUUUGAUUGGCUUGUUAACAAGAUCAACAAUUCCAUUGGCCAAGAUCCUGAUUCAAAAUGCUUAAUUGGAGUCCUGGAUAUUUAUGGAUUUGAGAGUUUCAAGACAAACAGCUUCGAGCAAUUUUGUAUCAAUUUGACAAAUGAGAAGUUGCAGCAGCAUUUCAAUCAGCAUGUUUUCAAAAUGGAGCAAGAAGAGUACACCAAAGAAGAAAUUGACUGGAGCUAUAUUGAGUUUGUAGAUAAUCAGGACAUUCUUGAUCUUAUAGAAAAGAAACCUGGUGGUAUAAUAGCUCUUGUGGAUGAGGCUUGCAUGUUUCCAAGAUCAACUCAUGAAACAUUUGCACAGAAGCUUUACCAGACAUUCAAAGAUCACAAACGGUUUAGCAAGCCAAAGUUAUCAAGGACUGAUUUCACCAUUUGCCAUUAUGCUGGUGACGUGACAUAUCAAACUGAACUUUUUUUGGAUAAGAACAAAGAUUAUGUUGUUGCUGAGCACCAAGCACUUCUUAGUGCUUCAAGAUGCUCCUUUGUAGCUAGCUUGUUCCCACCUUUACCUGAAGAAUCGUCUAAAACAUCAAAGUUUUCAUCCAUUGGUUCUCAAUUUAAGCAACAACUGCAAACUUUGCUUGAGACACUGAGUGCCACUGAGCCUCAUUACGUUCGUUGCGUGAAACCAAAUAAUGUUUUGAAACCAUCUAUAUUUGAGAAUAAGAAUGUACUUCAGCAGCUUCGCUGUGGGGGAGUCAUGGAAGCAAUCAGGAUAAGUUGUGCUGGAUUUCCCACUCGGAAGACAUUUGAUGAAUUUGUAAGUCGUUUUGGCAUCCUUGCACCUGGUGUCUUAGAUGGAAGCUGCGAGGAGGUUAGUGCCUGCAAGACGAUUUUAGAGAGGGUUGACCUUAAAGGUUAUCAGAUUGGUAAAACCAAAGUGUUUCUGAGAGCUGGUCAGAUGGCAGAACUAGAUGCUUGCAGGAGUAAGGUUCUUGGAAAAUCUGCUUGUGUCAUCCAGAGAAAAGUUCGUUCGUAUUUUGCCCGCAAAAGCUUUAUUGAGUUGCGUAUUUCAGCAAUACUAAUCCAAGCAGUGUGCAGAGGUGAAGUGGCACGCCAUUGCUACCAGCUGAUGAGGAGAGAAGCUGCUUGCUUGAAAAUCCAGAAAGAUGCACGCACCUUUCUUGCAAAGAAAGCUUAUAGAGCCUUGUGCUCCUCAUCUAUAUCUAUUCAAACUGGAAUGCGGGGGAUGGCUGCUCGGCAUGAACUUCAGUUAAGAAAGCAAACACAAGCAGCCAUAUGCAUCCAGUGUCAUUACCGUGGAUAUUUAGCACGUGCUCGCUACUUGAAGAUGAAGAAAGCUGCAGUAGCUACUCAAUGUGCCUGGAGAGGGAAAAUAGCCCGUAGAGAACUACGAAAGCUUAAAAUGGCUGCAAAGGAAACUGGGGCUCUCCAAGCUGCCAAAAGUAUGCUGGAAAAGCAAGUUGAGGAAUUGACUUGGCGUCUACAACUUGAGAAACGCAUGAGGGCGGACAUAGAAGAAGCUAAAACCCAAGAGAACAGACGAUUGAAGUUAGCUUUGGAAGAGAUGCAGCUUCAGUUUGAUGAAACCAAAGAACUGCUAAUGAAGGAAAGGGAGGCUGCAAAGGAAAUAGCUGAGAAAGUUCCUGUAGUUCAAGAGGUCACAGUCUUUGACCAUGAAAUUGUCAAUAAACUUACUGCAGAAAAUGAGCAGCUCAAGGCUUUAGUAAAUUCACUGGAAAACAGAAUUGAUGAAACCCAAAAGAAGUACGAGGAAACAAGUCGGCUUAGUGAGGAGAGAUUGAAACAAGCUUUGGAUGCAGAGUCAAAGAUAAUUGAGUUGAAAACUGCCAUGCAAAGACUUGAAGAAAAACUUUCGGAUAUGCAAACUGAGGACCAGAUUUUGAGACAGCAAGCAUUGCUGAACGCACCAGCUGGAAAAAUGUCUGGACAUUUGGCUUUAAAAGAUCAGCCUACUGAAAAUGGUUAUCAUGAACCACAGAAUUCAGCACCUGCAAAACGAUUUGGCAGUGGAUCGAAAAGAUUUGGCAGUGAGUCAAUGAGGAGAUCCAAUAUUGAAAGGCAGCGAGAAUUUGUUGAUGCUCUGAUCACUUGUGUUUCUCAAGAUCUUGGCUUUAGUGAAGGAAAACCAGUCGCUGCAUUUACCAUAUAUAAAUGCCUUGUUAACUGGAGAUCUUUUGAAGCAGAAAAGACUAGUGUGUUUGAUCGUCUCAUUCAGAUGAUUGGUUCUGCCAUACAGGAUGAGACAAACAAUGAUUACAUGGCUUAUUGGCUCUCCAACACAUCAACAUUAUUGUUUUUACUUCAGCAGACCAUAAAAGCUACUGGUUCAACUCCACCAAAACCUCCCCAGCCAACAUCAUUAUUUGGAAGGAUGACCCAGAGUUUCCGUUCAUCCUCUUCUAUCACCAACGUUUCUAUUGGUGGUCUUGAUGGCGUACGUCAAGUUGACGCCAAGUACCCGGCUUUGCUUUUCAAGCAACAACUUACUGCAUAUGUUGAAAAGAUCUACGGUAUUAUUCGAGAUAAUUUGAAGAAGGACCUAUCAUCACUUAUUUCUUCUUGUAUCCAGGCAUCCAGAACACCUCGAGGGAACUCUUUGAGAUCAUCUGGGCGGUCUUUUAGUGGUAGUUCUCCUGCCAGACACUGGCAGUGCAUCAUUGAUAGCUUGAAUGGACUUCUGAGUACUCUGAAAGAAAAUUUUGUGCCUCCAGUUCUUGCUCAGAAAAUUUUUGUCCAGAUCUUCUCUUGCAUAAAUGUGCAACUUUUCAAUAGUCUUCUCCUCCGUAGAGAGUGUUGCACAUUCAAUAAUGGAGAGUAUGUGAAAUCUGGGUUAGCUGAAUUGGAACUUUGGUGCGGGCAUGCAACGGAAGAGUAUGCAGGAUCUUCGUGGGACGAAUUGAAGCAUACAAGGCAAGCUGUUGGUUUCUUGGUUAUUCACCAGAAGUCUAGAAUUACCUAUGAUGAUCUUACAAAUGAUCUCUGCCCUGUCUUGAGCAUUCAACAGCUUUAUAGAAUAUGCACGCUUUACUGUGAUGAGAACUACCAUACUCCAAGUGUAUCCACAGAUGUGAUUUCCAACAUGAAGAUAUUAAUGACAGAAGAUUCAAAUGAAGCUGAUACCAGUUCGUUUUUAUUGGACGAUGAUUCCAGUAUCCCGUUCUCAGUUGAUGAUAUUACCCAUGACCUGAAGGGGGUAGAUUUUACAGGUGUAAAACCUGCAGAAGAACUAGUUGAAAAUCCAGCCUUCGAAUUUUUAAAGGAAUAAGGCUGUGGUUUCAUUGGCUAGACUUUGAAGUUCUAAAGUGGAAGGAUUUGUUGGAUCCUUUUAUUAGGUUAGUUUCAUUGUGUAUAUCCAUCAAUAGCUUCGAUUUAGAUAUGGUUUUCCUAGAAAUGACUUCUACUGCCCCGUAUGUAAAAUUCUUUUGAAAUUAGAGGAUUGUAGAAUGCAUAGGUUUUGUGAGAUAGGUAGAAGGGGCAUGGAUAAAAUCUUUAUGCCUAGCUUUUUUCUGUCUAGGAUCACCUUCAGCCAUCAUUUUUUGUAUCAAUGAUUCAUCGAAUUCUUGUACUGCAUAGGGAGCUGCCACUGCUUGGCCUUCCAAAAUCAAAUUGUACAAAAAACAGUUACAAUGGUAGAGUUAUUUUAGUUCUAUCAUU